UUUCAGGGUACCGGAAGAGUGGGAAAGUAUUUAUUUACUGACUGGUCAUCUAUUGCUGUGCACUGAGGAAUGGGUGCUAAUAAUGCUGCAAUGAACAUGAGCAGUCAAAACGAUAAUGUAGAUAUGCGUCAAGAAAGAUGGGCGAGGAGAAGUUUUGUUUCGAAUGAUCCUUAUUUGAUUGAAAGUGCCUUAAAUUUAAGGCAAACGACAGCAGCUUUGUCUGGUGCCGUUUUUCCGGAAUUGUCAGUUCAGAACAUGCUAAGAACUCGAGAAAUAGGUAAACGAGAAAGACCGAGAAAUCGCCGCGUACUUGCUGAGCGGAGUGCAUCGCUUUCUUCUUUGAGAGGUGCUUUCAGUCCUGGUGAAAAAGCCUCUAUAAUCAAUAGGUAUCUUCCAAACCAAAGAGCUGUAAUCGAAACAGUAAAUACAAAGACAUUCUGCUGUUUGUAUUUACCGGACAAUAGGAUUGUUACUGCAAGUCAAGAUGAUAAAUUACGUUUUUAUGUGCGACAAGGUCAAUUGCAGCCCAGAUAUACAUUAGUAGGGCCGACAAAUCAUUAUUCGGUUCCUGACAUUGGCUGGAGCAUUCUUGAUUUAACUGCUAAUUCUGUCGGGAGUCAAAUUGCCUACUCAACCUGGAGCGAUUCCAUUCACUAUGCUGCUGUUGAUACAUUGAGUGAUCAUUUGCAUUGGGAUACAUUCUUUGGAACAGAAAUGCCACCAUCACGUUCCAGCAGGUUUGCGUAUUUUUCCUUGCGAUAUAACAUGGAUGACCGUUAUCUAAUAGCUGGUGGAUCGGAUGGUUUCAUAUACAUGUUCUCUUGUGCACAGCCUUAUUUCCAAAUGUUCCCAGCUCAUCAGGAUGAUGUCAAUGCAAUUUGUUGCAGUAAAAUUAAUCCGCAUAUUUUUUGUAGUGGAAGCGAUGACGGACUUUGUAAGAUGUGGGAUACUCGUUUGGUUGGAAGCACUAACCUUCCUGUUGGUGUAUUCGCAGGACAUCGCGAUGGUAUUACCUACAUUGACUGUCACGGUAAUGAUAGAUAUAUCUUGACAAACUCCAAAGAUCAAACUGUUAAGAUUUGGGAUUUGCGACGAUUUUCUUCAAGUGAUGCUGAGAAGGUUACGCUUAAUGCGGUGCGAAGGCAAAGAUGGGAUUACAGAUACCAGCAGAUACCCCCAGUGUUCCAAUCUGUGGGACCUUUGCAAGGUGAUGGAUCAUUGCUGACUUUCCGAGGACAUUCAGUGCAACACACUCUCAUUCGGGCCAAGUUUUCACCUGAGCAAACUGGAUUUCGCUUUGUUUAUACGGGUAGCACAGAAGGGAAUUUGUAUAUUUAUGACAUUUUAACGGGAGAAAUUGUGCGGACAUUAGAUGGACACAGAAGUGUAGUACGUGACUGCUGUUGGCAUCCUGACGAAAACGAAAUUAUCACCGUUUCAUGGGAUGGUGUAACAGCCAGAUGGUAUUACAAUGCGCGAUAUGAUGAUGAUGAUCAGGAAGAAGAGUUGGAUCGAGUAAGUGAUUCCAAUUCAUCUCCAGAUGGUGAUGAUUAUGAUGGUGAUAAUGGUGAUGGUGUUGAUGAUGAUGGUGGAUAUAAUGCUGGUCAUUGGAGAAGUAGAGGGCGUCAACUUAUGAGGAGAUAUUGAAGAAGAAAUAACACUUCCUUUCCUUUUGUUUAUUGUCGCUGAAUUACUUUCACAAUUUCUGAGCACUUUCAAAGCUUCGUCUCAGUUUCUGAUGUUAAUG